AUGUCUCAAGGCCAGGGUGAUAUCCAGGAGCGUAUCGCAGCAGCCCGUCGCGAGGCAGAGGUGUUAAAGGAAAAAAUCCGGGCAAGCAGGGAAGCCUCAGCGGACACCACCCUGCGAGCAAUGGCCGCCGAGGUUGAGGUCCUCCCUCGGAUCGUCAUGCGCCCGCGUCGCGCCCUCAAGGGUCACUUGGCAAAGAUCUACGCCAUGCACUGGGCUGCCGACAGGAGACAUCUCGUCUCCGCUUCUCAGGACGGAAAGCUCAUCGUCUGGGACGCAUACACCACCAACAAAGUCCACGCCAUCCCUCUUCGUUCUAGCUGGGUCAUGACCUGCGCCUACUCUCCCUCAGGCAACUACGUCGCUUGCGGUGGUCUCGACAACAUCUGUUCUAUAUACAGCCUCAAUAGCAAGGAGGCUAAUGGUGUCAAGGGCGGCCGCGAGCUUAGCGCUCACUCGGGUUAUCUCUCUUGCUGUCGGUUCAUCAAUGACCGCCAAAUCGUCACUUCGUCUGGUGAUAUGACCUGUAUGCUUUGGGACAUUGAGGCGGGUGUCCGCGUUGUUGAGUUCAGCGAUCACACUGGCGAUGUCAUGAGUCUUUCUCUUGGGCCCAACCAAAAUGUUUUUGUCUCCGGCGCCUGUGAUGCAACUGCAAAGCUUUGGGAUAUAAGAAGUGGACGGGCUACCCAGACCUUCACUGGUCAUGAGUCAGACAUCAACGCCGUUCAAUUCUUCCCCAACGGCGACGCGUUUGCUACCGGCUCGGACGAUGCUUCUUGCCGAUUGUUCGAUAUCCGUGCUGACCGGGAACUCAACUCAUUUACGCACGACAAUAUCCUGUGCGGUAUCACGUCUGUCGCCUUCUCCAUCUCUGGCCGCAUCCUCUUCGGUGGUUAUGAUGAUUGGACGUGCAACGUUUGGGAUACGUUGCGCGGUGAGCGGGUAGGUGUUUUGACCGGCCACGAGAACCGGGUGAGCUGUCUGGGGGUUAGCGCCGAUGGUAUGGCACUGUGCACGGGCUCGUGGGACUCUACUCUUCGGGUACGUCUGGUCUCUCAUCCUCUGGUACACGGCUGA